AUGGUAACAAUCAACUCACCGCGCGACUUGGACUCACUCGACAAGUCAUACGCUGAUUACCCGUUCAACGACAUGGACGCCAACGUCAUACUGCGAUCAAAUGAUAACGUUGAUUUCCGCGUACAUGGCCUUCUGCUCUCGAUGAGCUCGCGUUACUUUCGAGACAUCUUGCGCCUAGAUCAACCAAGCCAUAUACAGUCGUUCCAACAUGAGACCAGGGACGGUGCAGACGUCAUUACCGUUGACGACGACAACAUUACUCUGCGAAAGCUCCUAGCUUACUGCUACCCCCACAGCAUGGUGAAUGAGCCAAUAUUCGAUCAGGCGGAGGGCUUGUACGAAGUCCGUCGAGCGGCCGAGAAAUACGGGAUGGAUGGCGUUGAGAAGAAGCUUCGCAUGGUGUUACGCGAGCCACGCUUCAUGGAGAAGAUGCCGCUGAAGUCGUUCGCGUUGGCGGUACACCAUCACUUACCAGAGGAAGCCGCUCUGGCUGCUAAGGAAACAUUGGGGCUUCCGUUGGUGGAGCGCGAGUAUGUGGAGGAAUUGGAGUUGAUAACAGGGGGCACUAUGCAUCGACUCCAGGCCUACCACCUCCAAUGCAGCAAAAUAGCUCAUAGCAUCGCUAGCGACCUCUCCUGGGUCGACCGAGAUGAUUACACAUGGUUCACUUGUGUUGAAUGCGUGGGGUUGCGAUCAAGCAGCUCCUACGUGACGAUCUCUGGGAAUCGGCGGAUGCUGGUCGUAUCGAAAUGGAUGGCUGAUUAUUUGGCUAAGGCAGAUGUAGCAGUAACGGAACGGCCUAUCGGGAGGACAGUGUCAUGUCCCGAGCUCAUGAGAGCUACGCUCGAGAAGGCGAGCCAGUGUCGAGGAUGCGGCCCGAAGGCUUGUUCAGAAUUGAGGCAGUUCAGCCGGAAAUUCGCAGCUGCGGUCGAUCUUGCCAUCUCCAAGGUAAAGCACCCAUCAUUCCUAAAGAUCCUGCAACGGUACUAA